AAAGAGAAGUAUGAUACAGAAUAUCGCUGUUCCUCUAACAUAGAUCAUUCCAUAAAGGUGAUAUUUAAAAUUAGACGCCAAAUACAGGAUAUAAUUGGACUAGAAAAGCGGAGCAUAGACAAGAACUAGAACAUGCUGUCUCAACUUAGUCUGACUCAGAAGCUUGCGUUGGUUUUAGCCAGCUCCACAGUGGGGGUAGUUUGUAUCUAUCUACUCUUCAAGUCAAAUGACGAAGAUGAAGAAUUAGACAAAAGGGAAAGAGAAGCUACAUCACGACAGACUGUAAUCAAGGUUGACAUCCCAAGGAAGUUAGUGGGUUCUGUUAUUGGAAGACAGGGAUCAACCAUAAAAGAGAUCCAGAAAGUUACUGGUGCACGGGUGAACUUUGAUGACAAAAAUCGUUCUGAAACUCCUGAAAAUGAAGAUUUGCCACGAACUGUAACUAUACGUGGAUCAGCGGAGAAUGCUCAACAGGCAGAGUUGAUGAUCACUGAAAUUAUAGCCAAUCAGCCUUUGAAGAAAACAGUUGAAUGCCCUGUACCUGUUAGAUGUCUAGGAAGAAUUAUAGGUAGAAACGGGGAUACAAUACGCCAACUUCAGAGAAUCUCAUCCGCUAGAAUUGUUAUUCCUCGUGAAGGCGACGAGAGAGAUCGUGACGCACUCAAGCAAAUAGAAAUUACAGGAACUGAAUCAGAAAUUCAAGCAGCUCUUGGUCUUAUUGAAGAGAAGGUGCAAGAAGAUAAAGGAUACAGAGCAAAUCUAGCAGUGAGUCAGACUAACAGGAGACAGCGUAUUCAACAGAAACCUCAAUCUCAAACCACAUCAGAUACACCCCUACCCCCCUCCCUGGACACCUCUCUCCCCUCCCAUGAUACAGAUCCAGACACUCAAGUAGAGGACCAUACAGAAAAAGAAGUUCGUAGAAUCCCACCUGGUACCCAACCAGAUUUAGAAUCCUCUGACGAGGAGGACAAUGAUCUAGAUUUUUCACAUGGUGACAAAGUUACCUCUAGUGAGCAAAUCAGUCCACAAAAGAUGGAACCACUUGAAGCCAGUCAGGCAGAUGGUGCAGCUGCACUGCCCUCUUCCCUUGUGGAGAGGGACCUGACACCUUAUUGGCCACCUACCCAAGAAUAUGUGGAUGUCAUGGUGUCAGCAGUAGACACAGCAGGACACUUCUGGGUACAGGUCGUCAGCCCCUUGUCUCCACAUCUUGAUAAACUUGUUGAUGAAAUGACAAACUUUUAUUCCAAACCUGAUUUUCACUAUAUUCGUCCAGUAACUGAGGCCAAAGUAGGAGAUAUGGUAGCUGCCAUGUUUGAAGCUGACCAAUCAGAUAAAUCAUGGUAUCGUGCACGCAUCACAGAUGUUGACAGAGGAAAAGUGGAACUAUAUUACGUGGAUUAUGGUGAUAGUGGAGAAAUGCCUCUUUGUGUGUGCUAUCCAUUGAAGUCUGAUUUUUUAAAGAUUCCAUUCCAAGCUGUUGAGUGCUUCCUUGCCAAUGUCAAACCUGCAGGAGCUGGCCAAGAGGAGUGGAGUGAUGACGCCAGUGAUUGUUUCGAGGCAUUGACUUUCGCAGCUCAGUGGAAGGUCCUUGUAGCUAAACCAGUGGGAUAUAAACAUCUGGGGGGCACACAUUACGCCCCCUGCCUAGUACUGACCAACACAAAUGAUCAGCAGGAUAUAAACAUCAAUGCUGAGCUUAUCAAUCGUGGAUUUGCCGAAUCUUAUGAGACAGAUAACAUGUUAAGUAUGGAUGAUAUUGCUGCUGCAGGUGACAUGACUGUCACUGGUAUGACUGGUCCAAGUGUAUUCCACCAAAUUAAAGAGAAUGCAGUUAAGAGCAGUGGUGAGCCAAAUGAUACUGAUAAAGUGAAAGAUGAUGCUAGAGCAAUACUUGAGUCACUCGCUGAUAUGGUUGGAGAUGAUAUUGUGAACACUUGCGAAUCAACUGCAAUUAUAACUGCAAGUAUUGAUAAUAGAGAAUUAACUGGCGAGACAGAUAAUGUUGUCACUAUGGAGACAAAUGACUCUUAUGAUAUCAUAGGUGCAAGUAAUGGACCCUCCAUAUUGGAGUUUCAUGAGGAAAGCCAACAUGAUACUAAUGUAAGUAUUGAUGAUACCACUGAUGUUACAUCUCAUGAUUAUAGUGUACAGUAUGAACCUGAAGUAGAUCCUGUGAAGGAUCUGAUUGCAUCCUCUCAAAAUGAUGUAAUAAUCAAUUAUGGUGCUAAAGAAAAUAAUGUUAUUGCUGAUGAUGUUGAAAAUUCUACAUUUUCAUCAUGCAUUACUGCUGAAAAUGUUAAUAGUGUACGAGUAACGGAAAACGAUAAAGGUGUAUGUAAAUAUGAAGUCAUGGCAUAUAAUGCUGGGGAAGAUAGUGUAAAUAGUGUAGAUAGAGAACACAUGGGGGUUGAGGGGGAUUUGAAAGCCAUAUCCGAACCAAUUAAAACUGGGCAGUCUGAAGAUAUUGAUAUGUGUGUUGUAAAGAAAAAUGCAGUUGAACCUGCAUUUGUUGGAAUUGCAAGUACUAGUUGUGAAUCAGGUGUUAAACUAUUAAAAGUUGAUGCUGAAGACACUUUUCAAGUGUUUGACAAUUCUGGCAAUAUGAACCUUGACAACAAAGAUAACAGUGAAGACAUUGACCUCCCUGGAUUUACACAAUCAGCAUCAAUAGAAACCAAGAAAAUAGUGAAAGAUGAUAGUAAGGUUGAUAUCAAUACCGUAGAAGGACCAGCUGGUCUAAUCACCAACCUUGAAAUUCAGAAUAUGACCGACAAUUUUACUUUUCCCGUUGGUGAAGGACCUUAUGAAGGUAGAUGUGAUCAUUUUAUGGUGUCAUCCUGUGACACAAGUAUAUCAGAUGCAGAUUUUGAACAACAUAAUAAUCUUGAUAGGUCUGUCAGUAUAUCACAAGAAAAUGUAAAAGUUGAUGUGAAUGUAAGUGAUAGGCAUGAUGUUACCUUUGAUAAAUCACUUCUUGAAGCAGAUCUUGAUAAUGCUAACAAUCUAAUGACUGAGGUAAUGAUGGAUCUGAACCAGAUGAAUCAAGAAGGGGAACAAAGUUUUAGAGAAUUAGAGGAACUAGAGGCAAGUGUUGAUAAGUUAGAAACACAUGUCUUGGAGACAGGUGUAGAAUCCAUACCAUCCAGGAAACCUAUGAUUACUGAUUGUUAUGCUGAAGAUAUUGUUCACAAACAGGAAGCAUUGUUGAGAGAGAUUGAAGAGGGUAUACAAGAUGUUGUGGGAAAAGAAGAUAUUGAAGAAUCUGAACUGCAGACAGCAGAUAGACAUGUUGGACAAGACCAGUUUGAUGGAGAAAAUCGAAUAGAAUCACUUGCAACUGCAGUAGAAGAACAGCCAAUUCUUGAAUCACAGGAAAUGUCAGUGGAAGAAGAGCAGCAAAUUGUUGAAUCACAGGUAACUACAGUUGAAGAACAGCCAACUGUUGAGUCACAGGAAAGUACGCAAGAGAAACAGCAACUCUUUGUAUCACAGGAAUGUACUGUAGAAAAACUUUCAAUCAACAAAACUACAGAAGAAGAACAGUCAAUUGUUGAAUCACAAGGAUCUUCAGAAGAACAACCAAUUGUUGAAUCACUAGAAACUAUGACAGAAGAGGAACAGCAUAUUGUCAAAUCACAGGAAACCAAAAGAGAAGAGGAACAGCCAAUUGUUGAAUCACUGGAAACUACAGUAGAAAAGGAACAGCCAAUUGUUAAAUCACAUGAAACUCUAGUAAAAGAACAACCAAUUGCUGAAUCACAGGAAAGUACAGGAGAAAAGAAACAGGUGAUGGUUAUAUCACAGGAAACUGCAGUAGAAGAGCAGUCAAUUGUUCUAUUGCAAGACGUUACAGUAGAAAAAGAACAGUCCAUUAUUAAAUCAAUAGAAACUACAAUAGAAGAGGAACAACCGAUAAUAGAAUCACAUGAAACUUCUAAAGAAAAGGAACAGCUUAUUGUUGAAUCACAGGAAGUAACACUUGAAGAUGAACAGCCAAUUGUUGAAUCACAGGAAGUAACACUUGAAGAUGAGCAGCCAAUUGUUGAAUCACAGGAAGUAACACUUGAAGGUGAGCAGCCAAUUGUUGAAUCACAGGAAGUAACACUUGAAGAUGAACAGCCAAUUGUUGAAUCACAGGAGGUAACACUUGAAGAUGAGCAGCCAAUUGUUGAAUCACAGGAAGUAACACUUGAAGAUGAGCAGCCAAUUGUUGAAUCACAGGAAGUAACACUUGAAGAUGAGCAGCCAAUUUUUGAAUCACAGGAAGUAACACUUGAAGAUGAACAGCCAAUUGUUGAAUCACAGGAAGUAACACUUGAAGAUGAACAGCCAAUUGUUGAAUCACAGGAAGUAACACUUGAAGAUGAGCAGCCAAUUGUUGAAUCACAGGAAGUAACACUUGAAGAUGAGCAGCCAAUUGUUGAAUCACAGGAAGUAACACUUGAAGAUGAACAGCCAAUUGUUGAAUCACAGGAAGUAACACUUGAAGAUGAGAAGCCAAUUGUUGAAUCACAGGAAGUAACACUUGAAGAUGAACAGCCAAUUGUUGAAUCACAGGAGGUAACACUUGAAGAUGAGCAGCCAAUUGUUGAAUCACAGGAAGUAACACUUGAAGAUGAGCAGCUUAUUGUUGAAUCACAGGAAGUAACACUUGAAGAUGAACAGCCAAUUGUUGAAUCACAGGAAGUAACACUUGAAGAUGAACAGCCAAUUGUUGAAUCACAGGAAGUAACACUUGAAGAUGAGCAGCCAAUUGUUGAAUCACAGGAAGUAACACUUGAAGAUGAGCAGCCAAUUGUUGAAUCACAGGAAGUAACACUUGAAGAUGAACAGCCAAUUGUUGAAUCACAGGAAGAAACACUUGAAGAUGAGCAGCCAAUUGUUGAAUCACAGGAAGUAACACUUGAAGAUGAACAGCCAAUUGUUGAAUCACAGGAAGUAACACUUGAAGAUGAGCAGCCAAUUGUUGAAUCACAGGAAGUAACACUUGAAGAUGAGCAGCCAAUUGUUGAAUCACAGAAUGUAACACUUGAAGAUGAACAGCCAAUUGUUGAAUCACAGGAAACAACAGUAGAGGAGAAACAGCCAAUGGUUCCAUCACAAGAAAUAACAACAGAUGAUGAACAGCCAAUGGUUUCAUCACAGGAAACGACAGUAGAAGAGAAACAGCAAAUUAUUGAACAACAGGAAACUACAUUAGAAGAGAAACAGCAAAUCAUUGAACCACAUGAAACUACAGUAGAAGAGGAAAAUCAAAUUAUUGAACAACAGGAAACUACAGUAGAGUUGGAAGAGCCAAUCAUUGAAUCUCAGGAAAUUAAAGUAGAUGAGGAACAUCUAGUUGUUGAAUCACUUGAAAGUACUGGAGAGAAAACUCUGCCAAUUGUUGAGCCACAGGAAAUUACAGUAGAAGGAGAUUUGAUUGUUGAAUCACAAGAGGAAUCAUUAGGAGAACAACCAAUUGUGGAAUCACAGGAAACACUAGUUGAAGAAAAACUUCCAGUUGUUGAGCCACAGCAAACUGCAAUAGAAGAAGGAGAGGUAAUUGUUGAAUCACACGACCAAAAAGAAGAACAGACAAUUGUAGAACCACCAGAAAUGACAUUACAAGAGAAACAACCAACUAUUGAAUCACUGGAAACUGCAGUAGAAGAACAGUUUAUUGUUAAGUCACAGGAAACUACAAUAGGAAAGAGAGGGUUGAUUGUUGAUUCACAGGAGGAAACAUUAGAAGAAAAACAACCAAUUAUUGAAUCACAGCAAACGUUAGAUGAAGAGAAACUUCGAAUCUUUGAAACACAGGAAACUACAAUUGAAGAGGGAGAGGCCAUUGUUGAAUUAAAAGAGAAAAUAGAAGAAAAACAACCAGUUGUCGAAUCUCAAGAGGAAAUGGAAGAAAAACAACCAAUUGUUCAAUCACAGGAAACUUUAAUUGAACAGGAAGUUCCAAUUGUUCAACCACAGAAAACUACAGUCAAAGAGUCAGAGGCAAUUGGGGAAUCAAUAGAGGAAAGAAUAGAAAAAGAACAACCAAUUGUUGAAUCAGAAGAAGUCACAGGAGAAAAGAAACUGCCAAUCUUUGAGCCACAGGAAAUUACAGUAGAAGAGGGAGAACCAAUUGUUGGAUCACAGGAAACACUAGUUGAAGAGAAACUUCCAAUUGGUGAACCACAAGAAACUGUAACCAAAGAGGGAGAGGCAAUUGUUGAAACAGAAGAGGAAAUACAAGAAAAACAACCAAAUGUUGAAUCACAGAAGGAAAUAUUGAAAGAGCAACAAAUUGUUGGAUCACAGGAAACUUUAGAUGACGAGGAACUUCCAGUUGUUGAACCACAGGGUACUACAGUAGAAGGGGAAGAACCAAUUGUUGAACCACAAGAGGAAAGAGUAGAAAAAGAACAACCAGUUGUUGACUCACAAGAAAUUUCAGGAGAUAAGGAACUGCCACCCAUUGAACCAUGGGAAACUACAGUAGAAGGGGAAGAACCAAUUGUUGAACCACAAGAAACUACAAUCAAAGAGGGAGGGGUCAUUGUUGAAUUACAAGAGGAACUAGAAGAAAAACAACCAAUUAUUUCAUCACAAGAGGAAAUGGAAGAAAAACAACCAAUCGUAGAACCACAGGAAACUACAGUAGAAGUGGGAGAAUCAAUUGUUGAACCACAAGAAACCUUAAUUAAAGAGGAACUUCCAAUUGUUGAACCACAGGAAACUUCAAUUGAAGAGAGGGAGGCAAUUGUUGAACCACAAGAAACUACAAUCAAAGAGGGAGAGGCUAUUGAAUUACAAGUUGAAAUAGAAGAAAAACAACCAAUUGUUAAAUCAAAAGAUGAAAAACAACCAAUUGGUGAAUCACAACAGCCUUUAGUUGAAGAAGAACUGCCAAUUCUUGAACAACAGGAAACUACAAUAGAAGAGGAAGAGCCAAUUGUUGAAUCACAGGAGGAAAUAAUAGAAGAAGACCUACCAAUUGUUGAAUCACAAGGGAUUACUGUAGAAGAGGAAGGGCUAAAUGUUAAAAUACAAACGGUAGAACAACCAAUUGUUGAAUCAUUGGAAACUACAGUAGAAGUAGAACAGCCAACUAUUGAGUCACAUGAAACUGUAGAUAAAAAGGAACAGCCAAUUGUUGAACCACAGGAAACAACAACAGAAGAUCAGCCAGUUGUUGAAUCACAACCAACAAUAGAAGAAGGACCACCUAUUGUUGAAUCACAGGAAAUUAAAGUAAAAGAACAGCCAAUUGUAGUACCACAGGAACACCAAAGGCAACAUGACCUUGUCACUGAACCUGACCUUAAUGAAAAUGAUCAAAGGGAAUUGGCUGAAAUAUUUGGAAAACUACUCCAGGCAUCUGAAGGAUUUGAAGAAUCAGACACAGAAGAUAUUGGAACAGAAUACAAAGUACAAGAGGCAAUUGGCUCUACAAUGACUUUUGACUCAGAUAAAUCAAAGGAAGAUAUUCCAGUUCCUGAAACUUAUGUAAAUGGUGAGGAGGAACUCCCUCUAAGAAGAAGUAUUGAAAGCUACAAUUUGCUUACCCUAGUUGAAAGUGAUGUGAAUGAGGAAAGCUCAGAAAUUUUGAAAGACGAUAAUGUUGAUGAUGUUUGUGAUGUGUUUGUAGAAUUUGGCAAAGAGAAAUUUCGAUGUGAUGAAAUGGUUUCUGAUAUAGCUCAUAUACCCGAUGAUGUAGCAUAUAAUAAGCUGGAAACAUCCAAAGAACAACAAUCCAUUGUCCCAGUUACUGAGGACAGAGAUGCUCAGUUGCAAUCAGAUCCCCAAGAUACAACAAAGGAACAUAUUGAUGCCAAACCAUUUGAUCAUAAGAAAGUGACCAUAGCUGAGAAUAAAGAAGAGAGUGAACAGGUUCAUGUUCACACACAAUCCCUUUCCAUACUGGAUAUGCUUGAAAGAGGAAAUAUAGAUCAGAAGAUUAGACAUUGUUUCCCUUCAUUCAUAAUUGAGCAAAACUGCCCAACUGAUACUCAUCCAAUUGAAAUUGUAGAAAAGGACAAUUUGAAUAAACAUACUCAGGAAAUCUCACACCGUGAUGAUUCUGAUAUAACUGAAUAUACAAAUGUACAUCCAUUAGAGAAUGACAGUUCUGUUACAUAUUCAGCUGAUGCACAGAAAACUAUGUUCAAUUUAGACACUGGUGAAAUUGGUUUAGAAGUAUUUGCAGAAGAGACAAAUGCAUUAGUUGUUCAACCUACAAAUGAUAAAUCAGCUUACCAACAUGUAGCCAAUGAAACCAUUUUCCUUGAAACACAUUCUACAGGCAUAAAUACCUUGCAAAAAAUUGAGUCUGGUGGACUCAAUACUGACUCAAACAUCAUGCCACUCAUACAAAUACCAUCUACCCAAGACCAAAAACUGCAUUUUAUUAACUAUGAUGUAGCCCGUGAAAUUGACUCACAAGUAUCUGCAGACGAAAUAAAUGCACCACUUGUUCAAUCUGCAAAUGAUAAAUCAACAAAAGAAACUGAUCAACAUGUGUUAGAUGACAGUAUUUAUCUUCAAACGCACUAUGCUGGCAUUAAUACUUUGCAAAAGCUUGAGACUGGUGGACUCAGUACUGAUUCAAACCUCAUGACAUUGAUCCAGAUAGACUCUGAUCAUGCUCAUAAAGACUCUGGGGAAGAUGACAAGAGCAGAAUUGGUGAACAAAAACAGUUUAUUGCUGAGGAAAAGCAAGAUUUUGUUGAUUCUGAGAAAAGCAUUGAUGAAGAACAAUCAGUUGCAGAAUCUGAACCAAUAGUUGUUGAAAAGGACCAAUUAAUUGUAGAAUCUGAAGAGAGACCUAAUGAAGAACAGGCAGUUGAAGAAUCUAAACAAAGAACUGUUGAAAAGGAGCAAUCAUCUGAACAAACAUUUGUUGAAGAGCAGCAAUUGAUCGUAGAAUCUGAGGAAAGAUCUAAUGAAGAAGAAUCAGUUAAAAAAUCUAAACAAAGAACUGUUAGAGAGGAGCAAUUAUCUGAACAAAUAUCUGUCGAAGAGCAGCAAUUAACCGUAGAAUCUGAAGAAAAAUUUAGUGAAGAAGAAUCAGUUGAAGAAUCUAAACAAAGAACUGUUGAAGAGGAGCAGUCAUCUGAACCAACUUCUGUUGAAGGGCAGCAAUUGAUCGUAGAAUCUGAAGAAAGAUCUAAUGAAGAACAGGCAGUUGAAGAAUCUAAACAAAGAAUUUUUGAAGAGGAGCAAUCAUCUGAACAAACAUCUGUUGAAAAGCAGCAAUUAAUUGUAAAAUCUGAAGAAAGAUCUAAUGAAGAACAGGCUGUUGAAGAAUCUAAACAAAGAACUUUUGAAAAGGAGCAAUCGUCUGAACAAACAUUCGUUGAAGAGCAGCAAUUAAUCAUAGAAUCUGAAGAAAGAUCUAAUGAAGAACAGUCAGUUGAAAAAUCUAAACAAAGAACUGUUGAAAGGGAGCAAUCAUCUGAAAAAUCAUCUGUUGAAGACCAGUAUUUGAUUGUAGAAUCUGAAGAAAGAUCUAAUGAAGAAGAAUCGGUUGAAGAAUCUAAACAAACAUCUGUUGAAAAGCAGCAAUUGAUCGUAGAAUCUGAGGAAAGAUCUAAUGAAGAAGAAUCAGUUGGAGAAUCUAAGCAAAGAACUGUUGAAGAGGAGCAAUCAUCUGAACAGACAUCUGUUGAAGAGCAGCAAUUAAUCAUAGAAUAUGAUGAAGGAUCUUAUGAAGAACAGUCAGUUGAAGAACUUAAAGAGAGAACUGUUGAAGAGGCGCAAUCAUUUGAACAAACAUCUGUUGAAGAGGAGCAAUUAAUCAUAAAAUCUGAAGAAUCUGAACAAAUAGCUGUGAAAGAGGAACAUUCAGUCAUAGAAUCUGAACAAACACCCUUUGAAGAGAAGCAAUUCACUAUGGAAUCAGAUGAAACAUCUCAUAAAGAAGAACAGCCACUUGUAGAAUAUAAGCAAAAAAUUGUUGAAGAGUCGACUUUCUUUGAAACACAUGCAAGUAGCCUACAUGUCCUUGAACAAUUAGAUACAGGUAAUACUACUUUAAAUAUUGCCCCCACACAGAAACAAAGCCAUUCAUAUCUUCCUGGGGAUAACCUGUGCCCUUAUAUGGAGCACAAAGGUGUGAUUUACCAUACAGAGGAUAGUGAAAGAGUUGCUGAUGAUUCAACACAAAAUGAUGACCACAGAUUGCUGGUAAAUGACAAAGAUACAAGUUUUACUGAAACCAAGAAUAAUGCACCUUUACUCGACAUGACAAACAAUAAUAGUGAAACACAACUUGAUCAAAGUAAAGCAUUUGAUGAAAUAUCUGGAACUGAGAGUGACAUAGAUAUAUUCCCUGAAAUAACAGACAAUGAUGAUUGCUCAAUUGGUAUGCAAAUUGAUGAACCACUAAAUAAAUUUAGUGAAGACCAAGAUUAUAAUAAUAUCACAAGCAGUGCUAUUGAAACUGAAGUAGAUCUAGAACAUACACAUUCACCAUACAAACUCCAAGAUGAUAUCCAAGUCGUUCAAUUACAGGCACACAUGGCAACUUGUACUAUUCAGGAUAAAGACAAUGAGACCAAUAAAAAUAGUACACAAGUGGAAAGUAAAAUAGAGAUAACUGAAGCUGAGACUAAACAAGAAGAACACCAGAAUGAACUGGAUGUUGACAAUACAAAUGAUAGAAAGAGAGAUGUGGAUGAAGAAUAUAAAGAAACAACCAAGGAGAAUGUUGAGGAAAUAUCAGCAACAGAAAGUGAAACCGAGACAUAUCCAGAAUUCAAAGACAAUUUAGAGUUGCAACAACACAAAGACAUCUGCAUUGAUCAAGAUUUAACACCACCAGCUACACAUGAUGUGCAAGAAUCUAGUUCGCCUGAGAGUGAUCAUCAGUUAUUUCCAGAGAUAACAGGCAAUGAGCAACCAACAACUUGUUUACAAGAAACAGUUGAAAUCAAAGAUACAGACGUUUUAUCUGGAGAUGAUGCACAUGCAAAAGAGGGAAGAAAUAUUCUAAAUGAAGCUGCGCUAAUUUCACCUAGUGAUGUAGAAAAGGUUAGUGCUGAUUACACCACACAAGAGAGUGGUUAUGAGUUAUUUCCAGAAGUUACAGAUACAGCUAAAGGAUUGCUUUCAGAAAAUGAUGAAGCACUUCUUCAAGCAAAUGUGAACAUGAAUGACAUUGCAAAAAGUCCUGUACAAGAGAGUGAUUUUGACUUGUUCCCAGAUAUCACAGAUACAGAUGAUAUUGAAGUGAAUAUUAGUCCACUAGAAAAGGUUGAUGAUGAUAAAAGUGAUACAGCUCCACAAUUGCUUUCAGACAAUGAUGAAGCACCUCUUCAAGCAAAUGUGAAAAUGAAUGACAUUGCAACAAGUGCUGCAUUGGAGAGUGAUUUUGACUUGUUCCCAGAUAUCACAGAUACAGAUGAUGUUGAAGCAAAUGAUAGUCCACUAGAAAAGUUUGAUGAUGAUAAAAGUGAUACAGCUCCAGUAUUGCCUUCAGAAAAUGAGGAAGCACCUCUUGAAGCAAAUGUGAAUAUGAAUGACAAAGAAGAAACUGCUGUAUUAGACAGUGAUUUUGACUUGUUCCCAGAUAUCACAGAUACGGAUGAUGUUGAAGCGAAUGAUAGUCCACUAGAAAAGGUUGAUGAUGAUAAAAGUGAUACAGCUCCAAAAUUGCCUUCAGAAAAUGAGGAAACACCUCUUCAAGCAAAUGUGAACAUAAAUGACAUUGCAAAAAGUGCUGUAUUAGACAGUGAUUUUGACUUGUUCCCAGAUAUCACAGAUACAGAUGAUGUAGAAGUGAAUGAUCAUCCAUUUGAAAAAGUUGAUGAUGUUAAAAGUGAUACAGCUCCAAAACUGCUUUCAGAAAAUGGUGAAGAGGCAAAUGUGAACAUGAAUGACAUUGCGAAAAGUCCUGCAUUAGACAGUGAUCUGGACUUGUUCCCAGAUAUCACAGAUAAACAUGAUGUGAAAGUGAAUGAUCAAUUACUAGCAACAGUUGAUGAUAAAAGUGAAACAGCAACAGGAUCACUUUUAGACAAUGAUGAAGCACCUCUUGAAGCAAAUGUGAAUAUGGAUGACAAAGCAGAAACUGCUGUAUCGGAGAGUGAUUUUGACUUGUUCCCAAAUAUCACAGAUACAGAUGAUGUGGAAGUAAAUGACCAUCCACUAGAACAGGUUGAUGAUGAUAAAAGUGAUACAGCUCCAGGAUUGCCUUCAGAAAAUGAGGAAGGACCUCUUGAAGCAAAUGUGAAUAUGAAUGACAAAGCGGAAACUGCUGUAUUAGACAGUGAUUUUGUCUUGUUCCCAAAUAUCACAGAUACAGAUGAUGUGAUCGUGAAUGAUCAUUCACUAGAAAAGGUUGAUGGUGAUAAAAGUGAUACAGCUCCAGGAUUGCCUUCAGAAAAUGAUGAAGCACCUCUUCAAGCAAAUGUGAACAUGAAUGAUAUUGCAAAAAGUGCUGUAUUAGAGAGUGAUUUUGACUUGUUCCCAGAUAUAAUAGAUACAGAUGAUGAUGUAACGGUAGACCUACACAUUGAAACAGAUGUUGAAAAGAAUAAUGAUAGAAUUGAUGUUGCAAAUUUUCCUAAUAUUUCAGGUAGUGGACUUGAAGAAUGUCCUCUGGAUUUUGCUGAUAGCAAAUUAGAUAAUUUAACAGUUGAACUAAUUCAAAAUGUGACUGGUCAUACUGAACUUGAUGAACAAAAGUACCCAGGUGUUGCAGAACACUCACAUACUGGACAGGAAGAUGAUGAUCCUAUUCUGAAGAAAAAUAUUGAAGAGUGUGUUAUAAUAGAUAGUGAUGGAGAAAUUGUGGAUAAUGAAGAUGACAUAAAGGGUGUAUUUGAAAAACUUCUCACUGCACCAAAAGAUAAAGAUGAUUCAAGGACUCAUAACCAUUCCUCAAUUAAAGAUGAUGAUGUUUCAAAAGAAAUUUCAACAGAAAACUUGACAAAUCAGAUAAAUGUCCUGAAAGAGCAUGGUGAGCAUGAGGCACAUCAGGCUGAAAAUGAAUUGUUCUGUAAGCCUACAUCUGAAGUUCCACCUUCUCCAGUAAAUCCUGAAUUGGUUGUUAAUACAAGAACAUUGACUGCAGAUGAAGAAGAAGCAAGGGCCAUCCUUGCAUUCCUCUUGGAAGAAACUGCAGAUGAUGUUACUGAGUCUGAUGAAAACAACCCAAUUCACAAAUGUGAACAUCAGACACCGCCUCAAGACAGGAAACAAGCCACAAUCUUACAAAAUGACACCCAAAAAAUAAAGAGUAGUGCCCGGAUUGAUGAAUUUGGUAUUAGCAAUGAAAGCAAUCAAAAGCAGUUUGAACAAAAUACAAAUUAUAAUGCUAAUGAAUCAAUACAGAGUGAUAAUGAAUGGUUUAUCAUUGAUUCACCAGAUCAGUCCAUUGGCUCACCUGUAAGCAGUGACUUUUGUAUUGUGGAUAGUGCAUCAUCAGACUCCCAACAAUCACCAGAGUACUCAAAGAAACAUGAAAAUGACAACUUAAGCGGCGAUGAGUUUACUGAUAAAAUGGUUAGUGGUAUUACUAUGGAAGAUAAGCAGCAAUCCAGUUUUGUUUUAGAACAGGGUCCUGAAGAACAUAGGAAGAAUUGUGAUACUCCUCCUGAUUCACAAUGUAAUGGAAAGUUUGACGUGGGGAAAAUCGAGAAAGAUGAAGAGAUUGAGAAGUUUAUUGAUAACACUGGAGAUCUUGGAAGUGGAUUGAUAAAUAAUGGAGCUAAACAGAACAAGAAGAUGAUUGGCAGUGAUGAGGAUUCGGAUGGAAUGUGUACUAUCAGUGAUGUGAUUACCAGGGUCAAUUCAGAAAAGGGAGAUGAUACAAAGACCAAAUUGACUUGCAAUGAUGAUAGAUUAGAAAGCAAAGUUACUGUCAAUGAUUUGAACAUAGAGGCAACAUUGAUUGAUGAAAAUGUAGAAAGCACAAAUGAUUCAAAGACCCCAGUGACUUGCAAUGAUGAAGAAUUAGAAAUCGAAGGAAACAUCAAUGAUUUGAACAUAGAGGCAAAGUUGAAUGAUGAAAAUGUAGAGAUCACAGGUGAUUCAAUGACAACAGUGACUUGCAAUGAUGAAGAAUUAGAAAGCGAAGGAGACAUCAAUGACUUGAACAUAGAGGCAAAGUUGAUUGAUGAAAAUGUAGAAAGCACAGGUGAUUCAAAGACCCCAGUGACUUGCAAUGAUGAAGAAUUAGAAAUCGAAAGAAACAUCAAUGAUUUGAACAUAGAGGCAAAGUUGAUUGAUGAAAAUGUAGAAAGCACAGGUGAUUCAAAGCCUUCAGUGACUUGCAAUGAUGAAGAAUUAGAAAUCGAAAGAAACAUCAAUGAUUUGAACAUAGAGGCAAAGUUGAAUGAUGAAAAUGUAGAAAGCACAUGUGAUUCAAAGACCCCAGUGACUUGCAAUGAUGAAGAAUUAGAAAUCGAAAGAAACAUCAAUGAUUUGAACAUAGAGGCAAAGUUGAUUGAUGAAAAUGUAGAAAGCACAGGUGAUUCAAAGCCUACAGUGACUUGCAAUGAUGGAGAAUUAGAAAUCGAAGGAAACAUCAAUGAUUUGAACAUAAAGGCAACAUUGAUUGAUGAAAAUGAAGAAAGCACUGGUGAUUCAAAGCCUACAGUGACUUGCAACGAUGAAGAAUUAGAAAGCAAAGGAGCCAGCAAUGAUUUGAACAUAGAAGCAAAGUUGAUUGAUGAAAAUGUAGAAAGCACAGAUGAUUCAAAGCCUUCAGUGACUUGCAAUGAUGAAGAAUUAGAAAUCGACAGAAACAUCAAUGAUUUGAACAUAGAGGCAAAGUUGAAUGAUGAAAAUGUAGAAAGCACAUGUGAUUCAAAGACCCCAGUGACUUGCAAUGAUGAAGAAUUAGAAAUCGAAAGAAACAUCAAUAAUUUGAACAUAGAGGCAACGUUGAUUGAUGAAAAUGUAGAAAGCACAGGUGAUUCAAAGCCUUCAGUGACUUGCAAUGAUGAAGAAUUAGAAAUCGUAAGAAACAUCAAUGAUUUGAACAUAGAGGCAAAGUUGAAUGAUGAAAAUGUAGAAAGCACAUGUGAUUCAAAGACCCCAGUGACUUGCAAUGAUGAAGAAUUAGAAAUCAAAAGAAACAUCAAUGAUUUGAACAUAGAGGCAAAGUUGAUUGAUGAAAAUGUAGAAAGCACAGGUGAUUCAAAGCCUACAGUGACUUGCAAUGAUGGAGAAUUAGAAAUCGAAGGAAACAUCAAUGAUUUGAACAUAGAGGCAAAGUUGAUUGAUGAAAAUGUAGAAAGCACAGGUGAUUCAAAGCCUACAGUGACUUGCAAUGAUGAAGAAUUAGAAAUCGACAGAAACGUCAAUGAUUUGAACAUAGAGGCAAAGUUGAUUGAUGAAAAUGUAGAAAGCACAGGUGAUUCAAAGCCCACAGUGACUUGCAAUGAUGAAGAAUUAGAAAUCGAAAGAAACAUCAAUGAUUUGAACAUAGAGGCAAAGUUGAUUGAUGAAAAUGUAGAAAGCACAGGUGAUUCAAAGCCAACAGUGACUUGCAACGAUGAAGUAUUAGAAAUCGAAAGAUACAUCAAUGAUUUGAAAAUGGAGCCAAAGUUGAUUGAUGAAAAUGUAAAGAGCACAGAUGAUUCAAAGCCUACAGUGACUUUCAAUGAUGAAGAAUUAGAAAGCGAAGGAGACAUCAAUGAUUUGAACAUAGAGCCAAAGUUGAUUGAUAAAAGUGUAGAAAGCACAGAUGAUUCAAAGACCACAGUCACUUGCAAUGAUGAAGAAUUAGAAAGCAAAGGAGCCAGCAAUUAUCUGAACAUAGAAGCAAAUGUGAUUGAUGAAAAUGUAAAAAGCACAGAUGAUUCAAACACCGUAGCAAAUUGCAAAGAUGAAGAAUUAGAUAGCAAAGUGACUGUCAGUGAUGUUGAUGUUAAAGAUACGAAAAAAACAAAUGAAAUCCAUCAGUUUACUUGUUUAUCUGAUGAAGGUGUAGAGGAAAUUACAGCAGCUCCUGUUACUGAUCUGGUAGAUAUUGCAACUGCAGUUAACAUCUCACACACAUCUAAUGAAGAAUUUAAGAAUGAUUAUAAUGGAAAUGCUGACAAGGCAAUGAAGCAUCGAAAUCCUUAUAGAUAUUCUAGCACUGAUUAUCCUGAGUUUAGUGGAAAAUCAGUCCAAUAUGAAGGUAGUUAUGACACAUAUAUCCCAGAUGUUAUGAACCUGGAAUCAUGUGAAGUGGAUAGGAAAUUUGAGAAUAUGUAUGAAAAUGUAUCUCCUAGAAGAUGUGACAUUGAUAUUGACAAAGACGGUGUGGAAGCAAAUUCACCUAUUGCUGCAAAGAGCAAAUCUCCAGAUAUUGAAACACCAAGAAUGAUGGAGCAUAGUGAGGAUUGUGUUAUCCAAACAAUAGAGGUAUUCCCAACAGACACAUUAAAAUUUGGAAAUGUACCAACUGAACAAAUUGAAAUUGGUGAAGAACUUGAAAAGAUAUAUAAUCAAAUUGGCAACACAUCUAAUGAUUUUGAAAAAAUGAAUGAGUCCGUUGUUCAUACAGCUGAAAUGCAAAUGCCUACAAAUACAGCUGAUAAUCUGUCUCAUGAAAUUGUGUCUGGAGGAAUCAAUGAAGGAUUUGCUGAUGUUGAUAUGAAAGAACCUCUAAAACAAAACAAUGCGGAUGAUAUACUUAAAAUUGGCAUUGGUUGUACAGGGUUUGCUGAUGCUGGUAGUGAGUUAGAACAGUGUCUUGAAAACAUUCAGCAAGAAAUGAUGGACACAGUUGUAGCUCAAACAACAGAACUUUCUUAUGUCAACCCAGAGCCUCUCAUUAGUGAGAUACACACAUAUUACAAGGGCACUGAAAAGUUGCUCUGUAAUGCAACUAUCAAUGAAAAUUAUAAUGACUUUGAUUUCAUCUCAAAAGAUAGCCAUUUAGAAGAAGCAAAAGGCGCAGUGAAAGAUUCUGAACACAUAUGUGACACAAAAAAUGCGCUUGUGACUGCUGCUAGUCCUGUCAGUAAGACUAAAAAACAAAGGGAAGGAGUAAAUGCUGGUGAAUCAAAUCUGAUUACUUAUGAUGAAAUGACAAACUCAGAAGAUGAAGAAAAAUACUAUAUUGAUGUAGAUGAGGCAUCAUUCUGGAGCAUUCACAAAAGUGGCUUACAUGUCUUAGAUCAAAUAGAGACUGGUAUUCUGCCAAUAUCAAUGAUUUCUGUGUUAAGAAUAAACCUCCAGGCAUGUGAGAGUGAACAGUCUGUCCCCAUUGAUCCAGUGACAAAAUGUGUAGUGAUUAGUGGGGAGGGUCGAGACAGAGACAUGGCUUCAGCAGUUAGCGAUACACAACCAUGUUGCCAAGAAUACACACAUGUGUCGUCUAACCCGAACACUUGCACAAUACAUCCAAUAUUGAGUGAUAUAUCUAAAGUUGAUUCAUAUGGCUGCCCAUGCAGUACUGAGUCAUCAUGUGAAAGCAUACUCAGCACCAGUAGAGCAUCAAUAAAUGAAGAUGAAACAACAUUAGAUACAAUCACCCCCUUAAUAUAUGCAGGUGUAUUCUCUGACCAGAGCAAUUCUGAAAUACAUUUUACAAGAAACACGAUACAUAUAAGUGAACGUGGAUCUGUAGAUAAAAACAAAACAAAUUGUAUUAAGUUUGCUCCCUCUGAACUAACUACGAUACAUGUUAAGCCAACUACUCCAGAUGGGAAUCUUACAGGACCUGGCCAAACAUCUAUAGCAGCUGAACAUAUCACAGCCAAUACACAGUCCAGUAUUUCAGAUAUGCCAGCUGUAGCAUCAGAUAUUUCAUCUACUUUUCUGGAUGUUCCAUCAAAUGCUUCAGAUAUUCCAUCUAAUGCAUCUACCUAUGAUUCCACAGAGUUGGAUUCUUUACGACUCAAAGAUUUUGUGGAUACGAAUGACAACACAGACACAAUUACCACGCCAAGGCUUGGAAAUUUAGAAAAUAUAACAUGCAAAGGACCAAAGUUAGAAAGUUUGGAUGGAUAUUUGAGUGAGACUUCUAACACAGAAGAAACUAUAAAGUACACAAGACCAAAGUUGGAAAGUUUGGAUGGUUACAUGAGUGAGACUUCUUACACAGAUGACACUAGAACAUACGCAAGACCAAAACUGGAAAGUUUGGAUGGUCAUAUGAGUGAGACUUCUAACACAGAGGAGUCAAUAAAAUACACAAGACCAAAGUUAGAAAGUUUGGAUAGUUAUAUGAGUGAGACUUCUAAUGCAGAGGAAUUGAUAAAAUACACAAAACCAAAGUUAGAAAGUUUGGAUGGUUAUAUGAGUGAGACUUCUAACAUAGAAGAAACUGUAGCAUACACAAGACCAAAGUUAAAAAUUCUUGAUGGUUAUAUGAGUGAGACUUCUCAAACAGAAGAAACUGUAACAUACACAAGACCAAAGUUGGAAAGUUUGGAUGGUUACACUAGUGAGGCUUCUCACACAGAAGAAACUAUAAAAUACACAAGACCAAAGUUAGAAAGUCUGGAUGGUUAUAUGAGUGAGACUUCUAACACAGAAGAAACUUUUAAAUACACAAGACCUAAGCUGGAAAAUUUGAAUGGGAGUAGUAUGAGUGGGAUCUCUAACAGUUUAAAAAGAGCAAACAUUGAUAGUGUUAGAGUAAUAAGCUCUGACAGAUCUGAGGAGAUCAUUUCAAGCAGAAGAUCUCAGGUGAAGUACCGCAGAGAAGGUAUAAUUCAUAAUAAAGCUAGUGUAAAGAAGAGUAAAGUUGUGGGUGAAAAUUAUGCCAUAGAACAGAUCAAGGAUAACUCCAAAUGUAUGCCAAAUUUGACACAAUUUCCAACUGACAAUUCACAUCUCAAAACAGUAAGCAAUUUACAAAUGCAGCAGAUUAUGAGAGAGCCAUCUGAGAGGGUUAAGAAAAUCCAAUGUCAAAGUUCAAACAGUCAGCUUCCGACUGUGGAUAAAAAGAAGCACAGGUUAACAUCUUCAUCACAUUUUGAUAUGCCUGAUUACUCAAAAAAUCUCGACUGCACUUCAGAGGAACAUUACCUUCCAAGAACUCGCAUGUCACCAUUUAAUCAAUCGACACCUGAUUCUUUAGCCAGCAGCGAUAUGCCAUGCAGUCACACAGCUGGUUUACCUACUUUAGUAUCAAAGAAGAUAUUCAGGAUAAAACAACCAAGAAAUAUCAAGGAUCAGCCAGAGCUCAAUGAAAGGAGCAAAUGUGAGGAUGGCAUGAAGAGUUUAGACGAGUGUGUCAGAUCAGUAUAUGAUGUUAUAACUGAUGUAAAUGCCACUAAGCCAAGUGUUGUUCUUACAUCGCAAGAUGGCUCUGAAGUAAUUAACAAACCAAUUUUAGAUCCAGAACAGCAAAAUAAAUACUCAUUUAAGAUCAGACCGAAGUCUGAGAGUGACUUUGUUAAAAUUGUACUUCCAAGUCCAAAGUCUUCUCGGCGAGUGAUAGAAACAGAUAGAGUUUUGGCUCACCAUGAUGAUACAAAGAACCUGAUUCAAUAUGGGGCUAAAACUCCAUCAAGAUCACAUGGAGGAGAUAUGAGGCCAUUGUCAUUCACAGCAAUUUCUCCUACUGAAAGCACAAAUAUGUUGCCCCAUAAAAUGACAUUCCCAAUAAGAUCCACUCCACACAGCUAUUCUGUGGGCUUCCCUUAUACUCCAGUUCCAAUCCCUCAACCAGAUUUAAACACCAAUGAACAUGAACCAAGUAAUAAACAAAGAACACUGUUUGAUGCAACAACAACACAGUAUUUUGAGGAUACUGAGGUGAAAAGAUCUGAAGUAGUUGUUGACCUCGCUCCACCGAAAAUACAAAAGAGAAAGAUUCGCGUUUCGAAAGCUGGGACUGGAACAACUGAAAAAGCUAGUGAUAGCACUUUUGUUAAAAAGGCAGUUUAUAACAGGCGUGGUCAGACACCAUACCAACUGGAUACUGUAUCAGAUUUGGACAUAUCUGGAGGUGAUUCCCUACUUGGACAAAAUUCACUUGGAAUAAUUCAUACUCCUGGAGUAACAGAAUUGGGUGAAUGUAAACUUGACAUGUCUAACAUAGACAAACAUGAUACGACUGAUUUACAGCAGCAUAGUUUCACCGUGGACCUAAGUAAUCUGGAUAAAGAAAGUCCUAAUUAUGAUGUAGGGGAUAGCCCAUUGUCCCAGUACAACAUAUCAAAGUACAUUGAUAGUAGUUACGAUGAUCCAGGAGUCCAUAUUUGUGACACUCAGUCAAAUGUUAGCACUUACUCCUGGUCCUCGGGAUGGACAUCUGACUCUGACACAUCAUUGGCUGAAAGUGCUCAUGCAUUGCACCAAUUAAAACAGCGCAAGCAACAUGCCUUACACCCAGCAAGAAAGUGUAAGGUGAUUAAGCAGGGCACAACUGAACAGUCUAGAAUGAAUCCAUAUUUGAAUCAACCAAAACCAUUUGCUGGAUCAUAUGAAGCCAAAUAUUGGGGAGGACAUCGCAGAAAGCCUCAUUCAUAUUCAAGAGAUGUAUUUGCGUCACCAAUGCAUGGCACACCAAGGGAUAUUUCUAAACAUGAUACACCAGAGAGAUUUUCUGUCCACAACCAGGCUUUUUUAAGAAAAAAUUCAUCAUCAUCACAUAUUUCUGAUUCUGAUGUACAACUGAGUGAUUUUAGCAAUAUUUCCACAGACAGUAGCACACAGCAUGGUCAGCUGUUUCAAUCUGGGACACAUUGGACAUCUGGCCCACCCUUGACUCCCUAUUGUAAACAAAGUUCUUGGGAAAAGGCUGGAAAAUUAAAAUGGUCCCAAGGUAAAAGGCUUUCAAAUCCCUCAAGGACCCAUCAAUCGAAUGUAAAGUUUGAAGAUUGUUGGUCUGAUUUCUGAUGAGUCUCAAUUUAUGUGGCUGUUAUAGUUGGAAAUGAAUAUAAUGAAUGCUUAGUAAAUAGGCAAGUAAAUACAUAACCCUACUUUCUUUGUUCAAAGUGAAAAAAUUUUCCAUGACAGGAGUCUUCAAUGAUUUUGAACAUUGUUGUGUAAUAAUCAGCUUUAGAUUUCAAAUGUCCUUGUCACUUAUUCUCAUUUAUUUAAAAUUAUGUGCAUAACAAUUCUGUUUGUGAAAUACAUACAUUCUAGCUUUGAAAAACAUUGUACAUGUAUCCUCAGUAUUUCGACUCCCUGAAUGGGUUUCCAUUGUACAGUAUAUAGAGUUGCAUAAAAACUAGACUAGAUUGUUUGAUUUGAAACUUUUAUCUGCAAACAUGUCUUGGUCAAUUUUGUGAAAUGAAAUCUCAUUUCUUUUAUACUGCUUUUACAGUGUAAAUUGACACAAUGAGACCCACUUUUUUAGUGCCCUGAGUCACAGGGAUGAGCUCAUGUUAGAAGCGGGGCCUUGAGAGAUAUGAUAAAAUUGAAAUAUAAAAUUUUCUAUGAAACUUUAGUAAGUGAAACUCAAUUGCAGGGCAACAACGUUCUUCAACUAUAACUAUGUUUUAUCAGAUCUUUCAAGGCCCCGUUUCUAACAUGUCAGCGGGAACUUGCUCGCAAUAUAUGGGGCCUGGAUAAUCACUGUGUGAGUAAUUGCUUUCUUUGAAGAGUUUUCAAGUUAAUGUCUAUAAACAAACACCUUACGGAGAGGUGAUUUGAUUUAACAACUAUGAUUUUAGAUGAGAGAAGAAACUUAUUCUCAUACCUUACUUUCACCUUUUAAAAAUAUUAUUACUCUGCUCCUUGAAUUUGAUCAAUAUGUUCAAUAGACCAAUCUAGUAAACCAUGCCAUCUAUUGGUGAUAAUUUUACCUUAUUUUCAAAAAUCUCUUCAUAUUUUGCGACAUCUUAAAUCUAGCCAGUAUACCAUAACUUCUUUUUGAAGGGGGCUGGAUUGGAAUGGUCUAUCGAACAUUACAAAUUUUGCCAUGAAAUUCAAUAGGUUUUAAAGGGCUGAAUUUGAAAAUUGUGUGCAGUGGUUGCAUCAUUUAUCCAAUGUUUACACAGAUCAAGUAUGAGCAGAGAUUAGUACUUUCAUGGAUUGUCAUGAAAUUCUUGAUUGGUGAACUCAUUGUAGAUUAGCCAAAAAACUGUUUUAUUGUUAUAUGUUGUAAAAAUGUUACAAUAAAUUGCAGUGUGUACAGAUUUCAAAAUAA